AUGGUUGUGGCCCUGAGGAAGAGCUGGUUCACCUGUGUGUUAGAGAUUAUGCUUCCCUUCUUCUGGUUAAUUCUCCUGGGCCUUUCAUGGACAGACACCAGUGUCAACAGGGCCAGUGUGGAAGGCAACAGUACCAGUGAAUUGGGCAUUGCCAUCCAACCUAAGCAAGGUAUGAACUCUAGAGCACUCUUAGUCUUCAAACAUUGCAUGAAGGACUGCCCGUUUGUGCUUAUUCAGCCUCCACCAACUGAGUUGUCAAGAAGGCUUCCAAACACCAAUAGCUUCUACUAUUCCAACUGCUGCUCUGGCGUUCUUUGUAAUGAUGGAGGACCUACUAAUGUAGAGAGGGACUUGUUACCUCCCCUUGUGGUUGAAGAAGAUGUGGUUGCCAGAGCUGUGUCUCCGGAGGAGUGCAACCUUCUCCUGACCCUUGCCUUAAUCCUCUCCAGCAGCAUACUGACCUGAGAAACCCUCCCUGGGGUGUAGUCAUUUUCC